AUAUAAGAAAGCGACAGGAAAGAUUUCGUUUAGUCGUAUUCGACGUUCCGAAGUAGAUGUACUUCGCAUUUCAUCGUAUUUGAACAAGCUACGAAGAUGUUGGCUGCGGUGACAAUACUAAUUCUUUCGCCGCUAUUGGUACUGGGAAAUUUCUUUGAAUACGUGGAUUACCCGAUUAUUUGCAACAACGAGACUUUAACGUUUAAAGGUUCCUGUAUGGGUACAAUUCCAGCUAAUUUUAUCGAAUCUCCCAGUCUGAGAUGUGUAAGCAUUGUAAACAGUGAUAUCAGUUCUUUGGAGGAGGGCUCCUUUGAUGGACUGCCAAAUUUGAUUUAUCUAAAUCUUGAAGGAAAUUUGAUUCCUCCGGAUAAAUUAUUCUCUUUCGGUAACAUUUUAAACAUCACGGCAUUGAGUCUCAAUGAUCAGAGGACGAACAGUUAUUACGAUACAGUAUUGCAAGUGAACACCGUGUAUCCUAGACUUCUAUAUUUGAAUUUGAGGAAUACUAAGAUCUCGAGGAUAACAAACACCGUGAUUAAUCCUUUUCCAAAAUUAUCGUAUCUGGAUCUUUCGAACAAUCAAUUCUCCUCGUUCAAUUUCAUACAAUUGUGGAACAACUCACUUACGUAUUUGAAUCUUAACCGCAAUCAAAUUUCAAAGAUUUCCCUCGAUGACUUAAACAAAUUGAUAUCGCUUAACCUGGUUGAUAAUGCCAUUAAAAGUAUAGGCGAUGGUUAUGAUCUUGAUCUGUGGGGGCUGAGUAGUUUAGAACAUCUUUCCAUAGCGAAUAAUCGAAUAAAUUUUAUUAGCGAAACGGCAUUCAACCACACGGUUAAGCUUCGAUACUUAAAUAUGUCUGAUAAUGCUUUGACAGCGUUUAGUCCUAGAUUAUUUACAACUUUGACCUCUCUGGAAGUUCUUAUAUUGGAUAAUAAUAACUUUAACAAUAUCCCACUAAUAAUGUCAUCGAACAUAACAACGUUGUCGAUGAAUUGUAACAAUAUCACCUAUUUAAUGUCAAGCUCGUUGGAGACGUUACCCCAUCUGAGAAAGUUGUCUUUAGCCGGAAACAGGAUUUCGAACAUUUACCCUGCAACGUUUAAAUCUCAAGUGUUGCUGGAGGAAUUAUAUUUAAACGAUAACGAGCUGAAUCAGUUGUCAAAAAGCUGUUGUCAGUCUAUGAAGAAACUUCGAUAUUUGAAUUUAUCGGGCAACAAAUUUACUUCGAUUGAAUCUGUUCUUGAUUUGGCUAACGACGCUUUGAAAGAGGUUUACCUGGACGGUAACCCUAUUAUGUACAUCGAAACAGGUAUGCUGAAAUCAGUAUCAGAAAAUGUGACGAUUUAUCUGAACAUGAACAUGCCACGACCGCCGAGAUUCUGUAGACGCUCAGAUUCUGAUUAUGGCGUACCAGUAUAUUGAAUUUUGAAAGAGAAUAUAUAGAACAAUAUUAUAUCGGAUCAUGUAUCAAUAAUACGACAUAUUCGAUUAUAUUCGAAUAUCAAUUAAUAUUCAAACUGUAAUAUUAUAACAAUAAAUAUAUAAUAAUCUUAUAAUA